AUGGACGGAUUUGAAAUACGGACCAGCAAUAGCAAAAAGGGAAAAGGAUUAUUUGCGACUAAAAAAUACGAACAGGGUGCAAUCAUAUUAGAAGAGGAUCCAUUGGUGUCGUGCCAAUUUGCUUGGAAUGCUGCUUACAGAUACUUAGCUUGCGAUUAUUGUAUGAGACCAUUAGAGACACCUGAACAAAAUGUUAGACGUCUGUCAUGUAAGCCGGACAUUGUGUUGCCCCAUUCUAAUUGCUUUGAAACAAAUUUGGAGAGUGUUACAACAUGCAAUCAGUGUGCUGUGCUUUAUUGUUCAGAAAUAUGCAGAAUAAGAGCAUAUGACACUUACCAUAGGUUACUCUGUUAUGAUACCAGUGAUGCUCAACAUCCAAUAACUGUGUUGUUGGAGGCUUGGAAACAAAUGCAUUAUCCUCCGGAGACAACAAGCAUCAUGUUACUAGUAAGAAUACUGGCCUACAUAGAACAAAGUUCAGAUCCGAGUCGAGCUGCAUCUCAUAUCAAACAGUUUUGUCAUCGUACAGUGAAUGAAGAUGCUGAGUUAGUUCAUAAACUGCUAGGGGAACAAUUUACUGAUCAGAUUAACACCUUAAGAGAUCUAACCAGUAAUGUGAUAAAUGGUGAUCAUGUACAGGAGUUUCUAACCCCAGAAGGAUUCUGUUCCCUCAUGGCUCUGAUUGGUACAAAUGGACAGGGCAUUGGCACCAGUCCUUUAGCUAUGUGGGUAAAUGCAGUGCUGGAACUCACAAUGUCUGAUGAUGAACGACAGCAAAUUGAUUUGUUCAUUGAUAAACUGUACCAAUAUGUUGAAGAAGAAUCUGGCACAUUCCUCAAUACAGAAGGCUCUGGAUUGUAUCAAUUACAAAGCGCAUGUAACCAUAGCUGUGCACCGAAUGCUGAGUCUUCAUUCCCAUACGGCAACCACAGGAUUCAACUGAAGGCUUUGAAGCCUAUCUUGCCUGGGGACGAGAUAUGCAUAAGUUACUUAGACGAUUGCACACUACAGAGGUCGAGGCAUUCAAGACAGAAAGAGCUGGCACAGAACUAUUUGUUUGUAUGUUGUUGUGAACGUUGCAACGAACAGUGUUCACAGCCAGAUUGCACCAGCGAAGAGGAUAUGAGCGAAGACGAUGCUGAUGACUGA